GCUCCAGGCUUCACGGGUCCCCUUUGUGAGACUAACAUCGACGAGUGUGAGGUGGACCCCUGUCACUACGGCGUGUGCAAGGACGGAGACGCCACCUACACAUGCGUGUGCGCUGCGGGAUACACGGGCCGGGUGUGUGACAUCAACAUCAAUGAGUGCCAGUGCCAACCGUGCCAGCACGGGGGAACCUGCCAGGAUAGAGUGGACGGGUACACCUGCUCCUGCCUCAAGGGCACCUCAGGUGUGAACUGUGAGACCAACCUGGAUGACUGUGCCAGCAACCCCUGCGAGUACGGCAACUGUAUAGACCAGAUCAACAGCUACGACUGCGUCUGUGAGAUGGGCUACACUGGGCCCAUGUGUAACGUCAACAUCGACGAGUGUGUGUCGAACCCCUGUCACAACGGAGGGACGUGCAAGGAUGCGAUCAACAGCUUCACCUGCAUCUGCCCCGAGGGCUACCACGACCUGGUGUGCUUCUCGGAGGUGAACGAGUGUAACAGCAACCCCUGCAUCCACGGAGUCUGCAGGGACAACCUCAAUGGGUACAGCUGUGAGUGCAACCUCGGCUGGGCCGGCACCAACUGCGACCAGAACAUCAACGAGUGCGAGUCGCAGCCCUGCGCCAAUGGCGGCACGUGCCGGGACAUGAACAACGCCUACCUGUGCGACUGCCGGCCGGGGUUCAGAGGCCCAAAUUGUCAGACAAACAUCAACGAGUGUGCGUCCAACCCCUGCCUGAAUCAGGGAAGCUGCAUCGAUGAUGUGGCGGGCUACAAGUGUAACUGCAUCUUGCCCUACACAGGAGUGAACUGUGAGGAUGUGCUGGCCCCCUGCGCCAGGCAGCCGUGUAAAAACCAGGGCGUUUGCCAUGAGUCGGAGGAUUACGAAAACUUCUCGUGCGGCUGUCCGGACGGGUGGCAAGGCCAGACCUGUGAAAAGGACGUGAACGAGUGUGUGAAGAGUCCGUGCCAGAACGGAGCCAAUUGCCAGAACUCGAUGGGUGGAUUCCAGUGCGUUUGUCGCCAGGGCUACACCGGCAUCACCUGCGAGACCGAUGUGGACGACUGCCUGCCCAACCCAUGCCACAACGGAGCAUCCUGCUUGGACGGGGUGAACAACUUCCUGUGCCUCUGCCUGCCGGGCUUUGGCGGCCCCAAGUGUGAAGAGGACAUCAACGAAUGCGCCAGCGACCCGUGCAGGAACAACGGCAACUGCACCGACUGCGUCAACAGCUACACCUGCACCUGCCCGCUGGGCUUCAGUGGCAUGCACUGUGAGAACAACGCUCCCGACUGCACAGAGAGCUCCUGCUUCAAUGGUGGGACGUGUGUGGAUGGGAUCAACACCUUCACGUGUCUCUGCCCCACCGGCUUCACCAGCAACUACUGCCAGCACGACAUCAACGAGUGCGACUCCAGGCCCUGCCUGCACGGGGGCACCUGUCAGGACAGCUACGGCACCUACAAGUGUACCUGCCCACAGGGCUACACUGGGGUGAACUGCCAGGACCUGGUGCGUUGGUGCGACUCCUCUCCCUGCAAGAACAGCGGCAAGUGCUGGCAAACGGGCACCACCUACCGCUGCGACUGCCAGAGCAGCUGGACCGGCCUCUACUGCGACGUGCCCAGCGUCUCCUGCGAGGUGGCUGCCAAACUGCAAGGGCUGGAGUCGGGCCUGUUGUGCCGCAACAGUGGCCUCUGCAUCGACGCCGGCAACACCCACCGCUGCCAGUGCCAGGCCGGCUACUCGGGGAGCUACUGCGAGGAGCAGGUGGACGAGUGCGCUCCCAACCCCUGCCAAAACGGAGCCACCUGCACGGACUACUUGGGCGGCUACUCCUGUGAGUGUGUUGCUGGCUAUCAUGGAAUCAACUGCUCGGAGGAGAUCAACGAAUGCCUUUCACAUCCCUGCCAGAACGGGGGCACUUGCAUCGACCUCACCAACACCUUCAAAUGUUCCUGCCCACGGGGCACUCAAGGUGUGCACUGUGAGAUCAACCUGGACGACUGCACCCCCCCGCUGGACUCGCUGACCCAGGAGCCCCGCUGCUUCAACAAGGGCCUCUGCGUGGACCGGGUGGGCAGCUACAGCUGCAUCUGUCCCGCCGGCUUCGUGGGGGAGCACUGCGAGGGCGACGUCAACGAGUGCCUGUCCAACCCCUGCGAGCCGCGCGGCACCCAGAACUGUGUGCAGCUCAUCAACGCCUUCCGCUGCGAGUGCCGCCCGGGAUUCACAGGUGUCCGGUGUGAGCGGGUGUUUGACGGCUGCAUCAGCCGGCCGUGCCGCAACGGUGGGACCUGCUCCGUCGCCGGGAACACCGCCCGCGGUUUCAUCUGCCGCUGCCCCUCGGGCUACGAGGGAGCAUCGUGCGAGAACCAGGCGAGUGUGUGCAGGACCAUGCGCUGCCGUAACGGUGGGACGUGCGUGGUGAGCGCGGCGGGGUUACCGUACUGCGCCUGUACCCCGGGGCGAGGGGGUCCCGACUGCCGCCAGCCCACCAGCAGCCCAUGCGAGUCGCAGCCGUGCUACAACGGCGGCACGUGCGAGCGGACCACCGCCGAGCCCUUCUACCGCUGCCGCUGCCCGCCCCGCUUCAACGGGCUGCAGUGCUUCAUCCUGGACUACGAGUUUGUGGGGGGCCGGGGCCAGGACAUCACCCUGCCCCCCGACAUGGAGGUGGGCUGUGAGAACCCGCAGUGCAGCCGGCUUGCCGCCAACCGCGUGUGCGAGGCCCGCUGCAACAGCCACGCCUGCGGCUGGGACGGUGGCGACUGCUCCCUCAACUUCACCGACCCCUGGAAGAACUGCUCGCAGGCCUUGCAGUGCUGGCGCUACUUCGGUGACGGCAAAUGCGACGAGCAAUGCAACAACCCCGGCUGCCUGUACGACGGCUUUGACUGUCAGAGCAUGGAGUCGCAGUGCAACCCACUCUACGACCAGUACUGCAAGGACCACUAUGGGGACGGACACUGUGACCAGGGUUGCAACAACAUGGAGUGCGAGUGGGACGGGCUGGACUGCGCCAACGACAAGCCGGAGAAGCUGGCGGACGGCACGCUGGUGCUGAUCGUGCUGGUUCCCCCCGAGCAGCUCCGCAACGACUCGGUCAGCUUCCUACGCGAGCUCAGCCGCGUCCUCCACACCAACGUCAAGUUCAAGAAGCACCCCGAAGGCGACGAGAUGGUCUACCCCUACUAUGGGAACGAGGCGGAACUGCACAAGCACCACGUGAAGAGGUCGGUGGAGGACGUCAACAGCCAGCUCACCGGCAUCUUCACCAACGUCAAGCGCUCCCUCUACACGAUGGUGAACCCGAGGGCCCGCAGAGAGCUGGAGGAGCAAGAGGUCCAAGGAUCAAUCGUUUUCUUGGAGAUUGACAACCGUCAAUGUUACCAGACGUUCUCCGACUGCUUCAGCAGUGCAACCGAUGUGGCAGCGUUCCUGGGCGCCAUGGCGUCCCGCGGCAGUCUGCAGCUCCCGUACAAGAUAGAGGUUGUGAAAAGUAAAGGGAAUCUGCCUGUCGUCAACCUCUACCCCAUGUACGUGGUGGUGUCGGUGCUCAUCUUCCUCGCCUUCAUUGGCAUGGGGGUGCUGGUGUCUCGCAAACGGCACCGCGAGCACGGGCAGCUCUGGUUCCCCGAAGGCUUCAAGGUCACCGAGUCGAGCAAGAAGAAGCGUCGCGAGCCGGUGGGCGAGGACUCCGUCGGGCUGAAGCCACUGAAGAAUGUUUCAGACGGGGCCCUCAUGGACGACAAUCAGAACGAGCACUGGGGUGACGACAGUGGCAUCGACACCAAGAGAUUUAAGGUACGGUCUCUGUGCAUCAAGCAGAGUGGCACCCAUUCCCUCUCAUUCCCUG